GGGAUUUUACACCGCCGCCCUCACGUUGCACAAAUGUGUCAAGCGUUUCGGAAUGGAGGAGGACUUAGCUAAGUGACUUGGCCAUUAUGAUUAAAAAUGCUAACAAUAUGACUGAAUGACAAAAACUAUAUUAUGCGUUAAGCGAAUAUUGGACUUGGGACACGCGUGGAGUCGAAAAGGUAAAUAUUCCAGUUGAAGACGUUAGGUUUGAAGUGUCGCUCGCGAAGUGGCUAAGCUAACAUUAGCUAACCGCCUCGCCACGGCACCACCUACCGAAAAACAGAGAAUGUAAUGAUUUUAACUUUGUUUGCUGUUUUUUAUAAUUCUAGUUUUCUGUUGUGUGUAUAGUGUAACCUAAUUUUAGCUGUUUUAGUAUCGGUAGUUGUCACGAGUGUUUAUUGCUAACGUUAGCGGGCUAAAUAACAUGUCCACCAAAAGUCAGAAGGCUGCAGAGAGAGAGAGAGAGAGAGAGAGAGGGAGAAAGAGGGACGCUCAACAACUCUGUAGCAAACUGUGUCCCUUAGAUAGUUCCAGUUCGAUUUGAAAAGCUUUAUAAGCGUGUUUACUUUACUCGUAGUCUGUUAAAGAGCUCAACCAUGUUCCCCUCACGUUGAGCGGUAAUAUCGGAAUUUUAUCUCGUGAGACCUCCUCAAGCUUUACAACCGUUGACAGUUGUAUUAUUUAAACACGGCCAUGACACUUGUUUAUACUGAAAUGUUUCAAGAAUUUUGGCCACAUCUUCCCAUAUUCAUGCCAGAAUACACAAUUUGCUUUUGCUUUGAUUUCAUAUCGGCGUCUGUGCUGUAUUUCUGUUCAGUAAUUGUAGAGGUAUCGUCAGCAGUUUGCUCUGUAAGUCGGCGUAUACGUACAGUGUAGGCCGGGGUUAUUGAGGUUACUGGGUUCAUGUGGGGAGGGGGUAGUGAACCAUAAUAAGUGUCAGGUUUGUUUGGAGUUGAAAUGGGUUGUGGGCUGUUGUUGCAGCCCGCAAAGCUUUUCGUUUUCCUUUGGAUAAAGGCAAGACAAACAGGUGUCAGUAUUGGCUUUAAAUCCCUUUUGUAUUUGUGCAUGCUUCUUUAGUUAUAUUGAUAAUCUUAAUCAGUUUUGUUGCGACCUACAUAUAGACUUGACGACAAGCCCAGGGUACUAUUUCCAGAAACAUUUGCUUGAAGUGUGUGUGUGUGUGUGUGUGUGUGUGUGUGUGUAUAUAUAUAUAUAUAUAUAUAUAUAUAUAUAUAUAUAUAUAUAAUUAUACAAAUUUGUUAUAGUAAACCCACAUCUCAAGUAUUUACUCUUAAGAAAUUAAUGUUAACCCUCACAUGGACAUGAACAUGUUGCCAGACUGUUAAAAGUAUUAUAUAAUAUUGUAAUUUCAUAACUAAACAUGAUUGGCCCAAGGAUGUAUAUCCUGCUAGGCUUGCACUACCAUAUUAGCAGGAGUUUUAUGUGUAUUUGUGUCACAUGACCUGAGGUUAGAUUAAUUGAUCAGCUUCUGUAAUUCCACUUCCACUUUUUCACCCCCAGUUUGACUAAUUUUCAGUAGUAUCAAGGGGGACAAAUCAAAGUGUUUCAGACCUUUGAAACAUGUUUCAGACAGAACGAGUAUAUUCAGCAGAUAUCAAUUAUUCAGUUGAUUUAAGAACGGGACUUUGCAAAGCUCAUGGUUGUCCUUGUGGUUCACACAUAGUGUCUUUGUCCUUCAUCAUGCUUUCCUUAGAAACCAAUCACAAAACAAACAUUUUUUCCUCAAAAGAAGAAAUGUCAUGGUUGCUAUGUCCCAUUGAGUAAAUGUUGUGUGUUGCGCCUUGUCUUUGUAGGAUUAGCAGAUAUGUUUGUGCUGCAACAGCUGUUGUAAAUUCCUUUUGGUUCAAGGGUUCUUACUUUACUAUAAGCAAAAGCUAUAGGUGUGAGAAAAUUGAACACUAUCAUAAGUAAUUUCUAAAAAGAACUGAGUUAAAGAGCAAACUGAAUAAGCUCAAAAAUUUGUUGUGGUUUAGUUUUGCAUAACAGUAAAAAUAGCGUUGACCAGCCUUGUUUACUUGUCUUCAACAGUUUCAUGUACAUCUGUGGUCUGGAAUGCAAAGUUUGUUACUAUUGCCACCCAAAGAAAAAUGUUUCUAUGGCCUUCAUGUACAGACAUGAUAAAGUGCAGUUAAGGUCUUUUCUGCAUUUUUUUUCUUUUUGUGGUACAAGAAAUUGUAUCAAUACAAACGCAGGCAAGUCAACAUUUUACAUUGGUCAAACGGUGUGUUUCUAAACUAUUAUACCUGCAACUACAGACACCAUAAACACUUGUCAUGCGAACAACCAUAACAGUGUCAAUUUGCAGGUCAAUAAAUUGAUGAGUUGUAAUACAUUUAAAUCAUCAAUAUGAGAGGUAAAAUUAACCUUUGACUACAGAGUGCUUUGGACAAGAAUUCAAAAUGCCUGUCUUAGAGGUAGAGGGGACAAGUCCAUAAAAGUGGUCUGUUCAGUACCUUGAUCUGAAGUUGGCCUUUUAACUGCACCAUACCUACACUAUGGUAAUCUUGGCUCUGUGUGCUGCACACAAGCUGUACAGGUAUAAUAGGAGUAUGGCUUAAACACUCCAAAUUGAGCAGGCUGUUUAUGUAAUCCUGCAGUGACGACCUGUUGAACGACGCAGGAUAUUUUUGCUGGCUCUACUUUACACCUCUCAGUGUGUCUCUCUGUUCUUCUGUGGUACACUGAUCCUGUCUCACUGCUCGGUGUUCUUGUUGGUAGCUGUUGUCUGUAAGUGUCAUCCUGCUGGAUACAUAAGAAGCUAGAAAAAGUCAGGCUAGGUAGGAUAAAGACUGGAACUCAAAUUAUUUUGUAAUGUUUGUUACGCAUUCCAUUAUACUGUUUUCAAAUACUAACACCGAAAUACAAAUCUAAGCUCACUCUGGCCAAGUUAUACUUCACCCAUAAACACUGACUAAGAUUUGUCACUUGUGGAGCCUUGAGAGGAUUUGAGCUCUAUUUCACUCGGAGGACAGCUGAGGAAAUGUCUCUGCUGGCAGCAGCUAUUGCGCUGCAGAUUAUCACAUUGUUAUUGUGUUAUCUUAUGAUGUGUAAAGAUUGCCAUUUGGCAGAGUUGUGCCCAGUGUUGGCCGUAUUGAUGGAUGAAAUGUGCUCAUAUGUGUAAAUCAUAGAUGAGUCAGUUCGAUGGUCAGACAGCCUAAUAGAAUUAGGUAACAGGGCAGAUUGUGUUUGUUCACAUUUAAGAAAAGAAAAGCAUUGUGUUGUUUUACCAAACAUGUCAUCUGCGUAUUGUUUUUUUUUAAUUCCACGACAAUGUGCUUAAACUCAUGAUUCACAAAAACUAGUUUGAUCUUCCUCUGAACAUUUUCCUUUUGAUUUCUGUAAGAAAUUCCAUGCAUUUUGAUUCGGGGUUUGUUCUGUGCAUUAGCAGACAUUUUCAUCACUGACACAUGUCUGUACCUAUCAUAGCAGGAGAGCAUCCAGAUGUAAUUAAUUUCAUGAGAGUGUUAAUACAGAACACACCUCUAUACAGUGCAGCAAAGGUUCAAACUUUAAAUAAAGUUCUACAUCACGCAGUUGUGUUACUUCAUUGAACUACUUCCUGUCUUCAAGCAGGCUUCAUGAUUGAAGUGUGCUCACAGUUUGAAUAUAAGUGUAGUCAAACAUUCAGUGUACACAAUAAGGAUGGUUCUGCUAAUAUACUCUACUGAUGGACUAUGAAGUGUGUACAGGGAAUUCAGCUGCAUAUAAUUAAACAGGUAUUGAAUAGUUUAAGACAGAUCCUUUGGCAAACACUGCAAAGCAUCCUAAAAAGUCCUGUUACUGUUUUUGAUUUGACUGUGAUUGAAUCCUGACACCACAGAACUUUCUUAUCUCCUGUGAAGUUAUUGUGUUGUUGUUUCAGCAAAUAUGUUGUAAUUUGUACCACAACUGAUGGUUAAAAAUAGUCGUGCCACAUAAAGCAAUCUCCUUCAACUGCUCACUGUCAGUACAACUUGUUACACCCAUGAUCCAAAUUGUCACUUUUAAAGGCGUAUGAAGUAGGGGAGGGAGAAAAAAUCGGUUCACAUAAGUAUCGCAAUUUAUUGUUUUACAAUUUUUAAAUCGAUUUUUUUUGUUCAAAAAUCACAUUUUUUUUUUUCAAAUGUAAGAAUAAAUCUUAGAAACAGACCUACAUGUGAUGUGUAUUUUGGGGGGGAAUAUGGUUCCUGGAAUAGUCAGUAGACAAUCAUAAACAUUCAACUGUUUCACUGGUGUUAAAAAUUCAGAUUAAAAAUCAAGAACAUCGACGUAGAAUCGCAAUUUAAAUCGAGUCAGCAUCCAAAAAAUCAUAGAAGAAUCGAAUCAGGAGAAAAGCGUAUCAUCCCAGCUCUAGUAGUAGAUCUAAUUUUACUGUCUCACCUGCUGUCAGCAGCAUAGUGUGUAAGCUGGGGUUUAACUGAGGUGGUCUUUACUCCCACUUGAGUUAAGCUUAUUUGUCUUCAUUCCUACAGAUUCUGGUUGCAGCUGAUUACAACAAACCAUCAGCCUCACAUCUUCUUGUAGGAGAGGAUGGGGGGUACAGUUGCUAGUGGGCGCUUGUGUCUUAACCUGUAUUUUGCAGGCCAUAUUGUCUUUGAGAUUGUUUUCUAUGAGGCUUACAGCUCUUAGAUAGAUCAAUUUUUUUUCUUUAGUAAUGUUGGUCCCAUGACCGUGGCAUAAUCCAAGAAAUCAGCUGCUUCAGGACUCGUCAUCUCUGAUCAUUUUCAUUUGUCUUUGUUUUUCAGUCACUGAGGCAGAGCUUCACAUCUGACAUCCAGCACUGAUUGAAUGAACACUAAUUUAUGGUCACCAAGGAACCUGUUUCCCUCGUUGAACAUAUGAAGACCCUCACCAAGCACGGUGAAUGGACAAAUUACUAUUGAUGUGUGACCAAAGUGUGGAGAUGCCUGGAGGUGACGGCGGUCCUGAUGGGGAGGACCCUGUGCUAUCAUCAGCCGCAAGAGAAGGUGGAGAGGAGGGAGGGAGGGUGUCGUCAGGGGCGCAAUCAGAGUGCCUCAGGGGGGAGCAAAAUGGACCUCCAGGGGGAGAAGUGGGACAGGAAGAUGAAGAGAUGACGAGUGGCUCAAAUGACCUCUCAUCCAAUCAUAGCCCCGGGAGUGUGACAGGAUCCACCUUCACUUCAACCAAGAGGUACUGACUUGGUCGGUGUAGCCUGACAUAAUGUAUGUCCCCAUGUUUUAGGGCUUGUGAUUUUCUCUACUAUAACAUAUUAAUCACUGAGAACAACAUUCUCUGGAGCAAAACACAGAAUCAGCCAGCUCAUCUGACUGCUCAUAUACAAGUCUUUAGUUCAAACAGGUUACUACUUUGGCCAAAGUACAACCAAAGUCAGUGUACCCACAGUGCUACUAAUUACACACAAGAGAACCAAGAGUGCUUGUGGCUACAGCAUGCGAGGAGGUCAAACCUGAGCCGCAGAUUUUUUUGUAAACUCUGAUUUUAAAAUACUACUGAAGGAGUGACUCAUUUGUUGAUGAAUGUCUGCUUUUUCAUAAGACAUCUAGACUGUCUGGGACAGUCUGCUUAUUGUACACGCUGAGUUGAAACACUAGAGUAGCAGAAUUCAAUAAUUAAGCACCAUGGAUCUGGAAAGAAAUAUACAGGAUGCUUGAGAGUGUUUUUUCUUCAAAUAUUACUUUGCUCAAAGUUGGGCUUUUAUUUUGUAUUUUUGUAGUUAAAUUGCACCAUCUGUGUAUUUUUGCAUGUGCAGCAGCGAGAACGCUGCUGAGGGCAAAGGCCAGACCCACAGAGAAGUGAUGAUCACAGUGGCUGAGAUGAAGAAAAGGCUUCCUUCAGACAAACGCAGCCGCAGCAAAGCCAGUACAGUGGAGGCCUUACAUUAUGCACUUAACUGUGUCAAACAGGUGCAAGGUAACCUGGCCCCUUACUCUUUUUUCUUCUUUGACAUCAGAGUAGCAGCACUUCUCUUUCUCUCUUAGCAUUAUUUACUAGGUCUCAUUUCAAAGCAUUAUGCGUGUGUUCCCCUGCAGCCAAUAGUGAAUACUACAAACUGCUGAUGCGAAAUGGCCAGGAUGAGAGGAGAGAUGCCACUGUUUGCACCCUGGAAGAGUUGGAGAGGGUCACAUCUGAACACACCAUGAAAAACACGGUACUUACAGUUACACACACACAACAACACAACUCAGUCAGUUAUGCUGUUAUCUUUUAUUUAAAUUUCUGUGUACAAAUAAAGCUAAAUAAAGAUAUUAAAAAGUUUUCACAAGAUGUUUAUUACCAGAGAGGAUUUUUGUAGCUGUCAAUUAUAGUCUUAAAGAAGCAAAAGUUCUUUUAUACACUCGUGCACCUGUACAAUUUUUUUGCCUCACGCCUGGGCGGGUGUGUGAGUGUAUGUGUGUUUACUGCUUUUGUGUGUGUCUGUGACUUGGCUCGCUUGUGUGCAUGUGUCUGUGUCUUCCUACAUGUGUGUGCGUACGUCUUUCCGUGCUCGUGUUUAGGACUCCUUUGUGGUGGUUUUCUCCCUGUCGAGCGGUCGUGUGCUGUACGCGUCAGAGCAGGCUCCCAGCAUCCUCUGCUGCAAGAGGAAGUUCCUGGAAUCAGCCAAGUUUGUGGAGCUGCUCUUCCACCAAGAUGUCAACGUCUUCUACUCACACACGGCUCAGCCACAUCUACCGCCAUGGAGCAACUCACACACAGGUGUGUUGGACCUGAAUUUGUUACAACUUUGCACAUUUCAGUUACAUAUCAGUUUUAAUCAUAUUUUACUUUAAAUUUAGCAUACAUAGAUAACCUUUAUUUAUUUAUUUGUAAUAUUGCUGAUGUAAACAUCAAUUUCUACAAACUCAGAAAGACACCAGUUAAAUGUCUCGAAAAUCUCUAAGUCUUGGAAAAAAGCUUCCAACUGCAAUUAAAAUGAUGAAUAAAAGUAAAAACAAAUUUUAGAGCAGUUUUUUUUUCUUAAGUUUAUUCUUUGUAAUACUAAAGGAAAAUGUUUCUUAUUAAAAUCUAAAACCUUUUUAAUAAUCCUUUUAAUGCAGAACUGAGAACAUUGCACAUCGAUCACAAAAUUAAAAGCAUUGUCAGAUAAAUCACUUAAUUUCUGUUCAUGUUCUCCGCAGCUGGGGUUCUGUUUGACUGCGCCCAGGUCAAGUCUUUCUUUUGCAGAAUCAGGUCAGUACUUACAUUCUCUCUGUAUUUCUUAAAGAUUCUUGUGUUUCUGAUCUUUCAAUGCAUCUAUCAUUAUUUAAAAUAAAACAUCCUGUUAAGUCCUGGUAUUUGUCUUGACUCUGAUUGAAACCUGAUAUCUUUUUUGGUAAAAUUUGGCUUACUUCAAAAUAUUUAAAUUUGGACAGUACAUAACCUGUAAUUACCAAUAGAUAUCGAAUAUAUACAUUAUUGGAUCUUUAUUAGCAAUGUUGUUUGGUUGGUAAGUGUGUCUUGUAAAAAGGUUGUGCACAUGGCUGUAGUCUGCAUUUGUUGUCUGCGUUUUGUAUGAAGUCAUAUGCAGAGGUAUAAAUCAUUCAUCACGUUAAACCACAUUUUAGGGGUGGGAAGGAUCGUGAUGGGGAGAUGCGUUACAACCCAUUCCGGAUAACACCUUACCUGCUGAAGGUGCAGGGAAAAGAAGGAAGCGGGGAGGAGGAGGAGCCAUGCUGCCUGGCAUUGGCUGAGCGUAUCAUCUCUGGAUAUGAGGGUAAAUUGAAAAAUGAAAUAUAAAUAGAAUUUUUUGGGGGUAUUUUUUUUGUUUGAUGUAGUUCAGGACAAACAACUUUUGCUUGUUUAGAACAAUAUCAGUCCAAUAACUCUCUUACCAGCAACUUCCUCAUAGUUUUUUUUUCUAGACAGGCAUGAUCAAACAGAUACCAUCACUUGAUUUACUAUUCACACUGUAUUUGUAGCUGUAUCCAUUUGUCAGUGCGAAAAGGCUUUAAGAGCCAACAUAAUCCUAGUCUCAUAACCUUGUUGAUGUUCAUUCCCCUCUCAUAAAGCCCCUCGGAUCCCCUUGGAUAAGCGCAUCUUCACCACCACACACUCUCCAGGCUGUGUGUUCUUGGAAGUAGAUGACAGGUCCAUACACACAAACAUAUCUACAAUCAGAGUUUACACUUAGCUUGAGUGUCAGUGUGUUGUUGAAACCCCAUUAAAUGCUCUAUAUCCUCAGGGCUGUGCCGUUGCUAGGAUACCUUCCUCAGGAUCUGAUUGGCACAUCAUUGCUGACAUGCAUCCACCCAGACGAUCGUCCCCUCGUGCUGUCAAUGCAUCGGAAAGGUAAGCAGGAAAAUCUUAUCCAUAAAUCUGAUUUAUUUAUGGGGGUUAGAUUUUUUGAGUAAAAUUAUAAUCAGUUACUUGAUUUCUACAGGUAGUUGUUACAAACAUAAAUUAAAGUUGCAAUAUUUUAUCAGUGUUUUUCAGUGGCCUAACAAUUACGAACCCUCUAAUGCUUUUUGUAUCAUAUUUGAUACAUACUUUUAUGAUACCUCUAUCAAAUAAAUAUGAUCAACAAAUUACUAAAAAAUAUAGUCUGAUAAAUGAUAAAAAUAUCCUCUUGUGGUUUAUCAGUUUAGAAAAAUAUCUAAUGUAUCAAAUGAGAUAAACAUACACUACAGGCCAAAAGUUUGGAAGCAAGGCCAUUACAGGCUGAACAGUUGGGAGCAAGUUUUUGUUCACAAUGUUUUUUUUAAAAUCCAGCAUGAGUUUUAUGUAUUUUGGGAUGUAUUUACUCCAUGAUCAGAAAUUGCUUUCACGGAAAUGCACCAUUUUACUCCAUUUACCUUUAGAUAUACAUUGAUGUUAACAGACCAUUGCUAAAUAUAUGUCAGCAAAAGAUAAUAAGGGCUUAGUUUUAGAUUUUUUUGGUUUUCAGAAGUAAGUGAAAUAAACAUUUCAGCUCCCCCAAAAUUUGAUUUUCUGGCCAUAAUUUGUGGUUUCAGACAUUAAAAGGCUAGAUUGACUGCAUAUUCACUCUUUUUGUGUUCUCUCUUUUUAAACUCACACGUGCCAUGCACAGUGCUUAAGUAUGCUGGCCAGUCUCCAUUCGAGCACUCCCCCGUGCGUCUGCGCUGUCAGAACGGAGACCACAUCACGUUGGACACCAGCUGGUCCAGCUUCAUUAACCCUUGGAGCCGUAAGGUGGCCUUCAUCAUUGGACGACACAAAGUCAGGACGUAAGUUGCACCCCAGCCGUUUCUAAGAGACUUAUUAAAUAAGUGAAUUCAUGAGCUCACAUCUCUGUUAUGUUUUCUUCUAACACAAGGAGUCCCUUGAAUGAGGAUGUGUUUGCUGCGCGGACUAAGGAUGAUAUGCUGGUCACAUAUGAGGAAAUAAAAGAUCUACAAGCAAAGAUCUACAAACUUUUCUUGCAGGUCAUUAUUUUGAUAACAUGAAUCAUAAUCAUAAUAAAAUAAUUUGUCAUCUCAUUUAUCAAAAAAUGAUUAUGAUUAUUAUGGAUAAAAGUUAAAAACAACAAAAAGAUUUCCUUUUUUUAACCAUUAUUUAAUUUUCCUAUUUUUGAAUUUCUUCAUGCUCCUUUCUCUGUUGUCACUGCAGCCGGUCCACAACAACGGAUCCAGCGGUUAUGGCAGCUUGGGAAGCAACGGCUCUCAUGAGCACUACAUCAGCGUAGCUUCUUCAAGUGACAGCAAUGGUAACAUGUGGGAAGACUCACACAGGGAGCCGGUAAGAAAUCACAGUAACAUCAAACCUCAAGAAAACAAGUGGAUAAUCUGUGACAGAGGUUAGCUAAGUGCGAGUUUGUGUUUUGUUGCAGAUGACACUGCAGCAGAUCUGUGCUGAUGUGAACAGAGUCAAGAGUUGGGGGCAGCAAGCCUAUCUUGGCUCCAGCCACAAAAUCACUCUUCUUGGCAAACACGCCAAAGGUAAUACAGCCCUUGUUGUUUAGAACACAAUAUAAAAAAGUAAACUUCAAUUAGAUUAAAAAAAAACAAAACUUGGCUGAAAUCCUCUUUUGCCUUCCCAGGACGUCUACCCCCAGCAGCAUCCAACCCUGAGGUCAGAGAUCAUGAAGAAGGCAGGAAGCAAACACACAUUCCCUCCUAUCAGCAGAUCAACUGUGUGGACAACAUCAUCAGGUGUGCUAAGGAGCCUCCUCUGAUAAAUCAGGACUAAAGCACCCAGGGUUGUUCAUGCUUUUGAUUGGGCUUUCAUGUGUUUGUGUGUUCCAGGUAUCUGGAGAGCUGUACAGGUCCAGCCCUUAAGCGGAAAAGUGACUCUCAUUCCUUGCCCACUUCCUCUUCCUCAUCCUCUACCUCAGAAGAUGACAAGCCUGCUGGAGCCACUGACACAGCUCAGGCCAGCUCAGAUGGUACAAUCACACUAAAAAUUUGGGUGAUAUCUAAUAUUUUUUAGGAAGCAGUGUUAAUUUUAUUUAUCUUUUUGGACAGUGGUGUUGGACAGUGGGGUUUCUGUGGCCCCUACAGCAGCAGCAGUUGUUGGAGCACCUCUGACAGACAUCACAUUGUCCACAAAGGCCAUGAGUGUAGUGUCGGUCACCAGCCAGUGUUCAUACAGCAGCACUAUUGUUCACGUGCCGCAGCCUGAAUCAGGUAUAUGAACUCAACCUAACAUCCCUGUGUCACACUGUGAAGCAAUGCGUCUGUAGAUCUUGAAUUUUUAAAAGUUUCAUAUGGUGAUUGAUUAUUCGUUUUGAUAAAUUCUUAAUCCCUUUUUAGUAAAUUCAUUUGUUUUGGAAAGAAAAGCCUGCAAACUGUACAUUGAACAUAUUUGUGUUUUCCCACAGAGGCCACAGCACUGGAGGAUGCCCCAAUGGGCAGUGAGCCUGCAGACGCUGCUCCAACUUCUGUCCGUCCCACCCCCAGCCCUGCCACCGAGGAGCCAAGGUUUGUAGGUCUCACCAAGGAGGUGCUGUCAGCUCACACCCAAAAAGAGGAACAAGAAUACGUGGAUCGAUUCCGUCACCGCAUCCUACAGAGCCCCUACAGCUCCUACCUGCAGCUGGACAACAGCUCUAUGGCUCACUCCCACCAUCCAGGUUUGUAUUUCUAAAGCUGACUGAUCACAUACAAGAGUUUGGUGACUGCUGAAUAUAAUUUUCAGACUCUGUAUUUUAUCUGAAUUCACUCUUUAAUCUGUGCACAUCUCACCACAGGUGACUACCUUCGACCGUUGAGCGCAGGGGGGUGGAACCGCUCCAGGAGAGGAAAGCCCAGACACAAGCGCCCAAAACCCCAUGGUUCCUCAGACAGCUAUGCUUCUCCACCUGGCCCUCAUCGUCGUGUUCCUGACUCCUCCAAACCCUCCUCAGAGUCAUCUCAGCCCCAGAUAGGGGCACCAUACAACCAAGCACCCCAGCUUCAGACAUCAUUCUUCCCUAUGAUUGCAACCCAGCCAGGCCCAGAGCAACAGCCUAGACCACAACAGCUGUCUGGAGCAACCCCCAUGGUCCUGCAAGCUCCAGACCAAACCCAGCUGAGCUAUAACUUUAACAUAAUGCAGCCUGCUCAAAGUGUGCAGGGCAUGCAGCCAAUCCAAAUGGAGCCCUUUCAGAAUCUGCAGACUAUCCAGAACUUUCACGGACUGCAGACCAUGGUGCCACCUCAGAAUGUCAACCCCUACAUGACUCCUGUCAUGGCUGUCAUCUUACCCAACUAUCCGACUUUCACUCCAGGUUUCCCGUCCAUUUACCCACCAUCAGUUCCCUCCAUGCUGCCCCAGGCACCCGCCGUCAUGACAGGCUUUGCCCCAGGCAGUGCUCCCUUUCCUCAGCCCCACUUCCAAGCUCAGCCUAACCUCCACACUCAGACCUCCUUGGGCCCCAUGCUUUGCUCACCAAGAGCCAGUUCCUCUGUCGGAGAGGAGGAGGAAGAAGCUGGGCCCCGGGCUUUAUUCUCCAGCUCCCGCUCCAGUUCUCCGCUGCAGCUAAACCUUCUGCAGGAAGAGCUACCAAAGCCGAGUGAAGGGCAGAGCAGCACUGGGCAUAACCAUGCCGAGAGCCUUCAUGAACAACAUGCCAACGAGGUAAAACUGCUGUUUUCUGCCAGCCUUUACCUUACACAUCCCAAAACCUCAUCUUUUCACCUUUUCAUUCUCUCACAAGAAGGGUUGUGCAGAGUUUUCUCUUAGCUCAAUAUGAAAUAUCAUUGCACAAAAUUUCCCCACUGUCUUCACUACCAAAUUUUUUUUGUUUUGUUUGUAAUUUAAAACCAUUUUCUUACCCAGGGUGAUAACCCAUGUGAGUCUGGGAACCAUGAUGCCCAGUCUACAUCCAGUGAGCUGCUUGACUUGCUGCUGCAGGAGGAUGCCCGGUCGGGGACUGGCUCUAAUGCCUCAGGCUCUGGGUCAGGGGAGUCUGGCUCUCUGGGAUCUGGAUCCGGAUCUGGCUCCAAUGGAACCUCCACCUCACACACUGGUAGGAGCUCAGACACACACAGCACAAAUGCACACUAUAAAAACAAUCACUGGGCGAUAUUUAAAAUGAGGUUUAAGUUUUUAUAUUGUGAUAUUGUGGCAAAACCAUCAAAUCAAAUGCUGUAGUGCUGGGAAAAUGUGUGACCCAGGCAACAGUUUCAACAAACAGAGUGACUGAUUCAGGGCCAUCCUUGAUUACAGGCAGCAGCAACAGCAGCAAAUAUUUUGCCAGCAACGACUCAUCAGACACAUCCCGCAAGGCCCGUAAGAGCCAGGAGGCACCGGCAGAGCACCAGCACACCUUUGACACUCGGGUGGAGAACUCGCUAUGGAGCAUGAUCCAGCACACCCCCGAGCGCAUCAUGAUGACUUACCAGAUCCACACCAGGUACAAACACAGCAAGACAAUUCCUGUAUUUGCAUCACACAUGAGAGGAAGCCAUAAACUUAAAAUUCAAGCCAACACAGAGCAAAUGAUUAAACAUCCUCUGUCUGUGUCCUGUGUUAAUUAGGAUGAAGUGGGUUGUAUAUGUAUAAUGUAAAGGGAUUUAAAAUGGAAGAUGACCAGCUGUCAAAACCUAUUUUUGAAGUUUGUUUUAGAAAUAAGAUUUUCAGGAUCUCAUGUUUUUUAGUGAAGAGAAGAAUUAUAAGGCAUCAGUAGAUGUAUGUGCUUCAGGCACCCUCUGCUGGUUUGAUGGUGUAUUUUAUAUAUAGUCUUACAUUUACAGAAUAUUGUUUGUUUGAUUUUUUUUCCCCUCCAAUGUCAGGGGUACCCAACUUUUUUGAAGACACACAUACACAAAGGACAGACAGGCACACACCUAUACAUAGAUUCAUGCAUACAUGCAUACAGAACUUCACAAAUGAAUGUAACCGUAUACAACACAAGCAAGAUGCAGAGACAGACAGAUUUAAAGGAAACUCUGACCCAAAGAAAUGAGUUUUUAAACCGACCACAGCUUGGCAGAGCUGAUGUCCCCGGGAGAAGACAGUUGUGUAGUUCAGGGGCUGUCACUGCAAGGCAGCAUAACCUUUGGAUUUGAAAUAUGAAUGAGCUGAUAAAAGACCCUGAUCAGGGGACUGGAGAGGAAGGCUGCUUGAAUAAGAGCUCAGUAGUACUGUUAUGUGUGCAUCCAUGUCUCUAAUCCAACUGUCUGCUUUUUCCCUCAUCUUGCCCCUCUUCUAGAGACCAGAAUGAGGUUUUGGCUGAAGACAGGGAGAAGCUGAGGGUACUUCAGCCCCUCCAGCCAUGGUUCACCCAGGAACAGAGGGAGGAACUGGUUGAGGUCCAUCCCUGGAUCCAGCAGCAUACAAUCCCACCUGAAAUAGACACACAAGUGAGGAUCUUUAAACACAUUCGUUACAAAUAUACCCAUGUCUCUGCUCAUCUUUGCACAUCCUUGAUGACCGUUUGCAUCUUGCAGGGUUGCGAGGGCUGCAGUGCAGGCGCGGGGGUCGCCCCCUCCCCUCAACUUCCUGCCCCUGACAGCUCAUCGAUUCUGGAGAGCCCCCAUCAGGACCCCAUCGGACCAGUGGUGGAUACUUGAGAGAUCCCUGAAGCCAAAAAAUCCAACCUCACAGAGAACCAGCCCUGCCGGACACCUCCACAACUCCCACCUUGCAUCUCUUCUGACCAAUCUGGAGGAGUGGGUCCCCAUGCUUUAGUUUGAAGUUUAAUGUAUAUUUUUAAAGGUAUCAGAGGCUGGAGCAGGCCCUGAAGAGCAGAGGAGGAGAGAGUGAUGGGCAUUUCUCUGAGUCAGCUUAACAUGACUGCCUUUUUUGGACCAUAAAUACUUUACCUCUCUUUACUUUGUGAUUAUGGACCCUUGCAGGGGUUAACUUUUGUCUUUAAGACUGACCAGCUCCUGUGGCAUUGUCAGCCACUUGACACUCAGUAUAAGAAAUGGUUUCAAGGUUGAUGCCCCCCAAACGUGAGCACUGUGUACACACAUCCGGACUGUAUGAUUGAUUUGACUGGGUGAUGAGACAAAGACAGAACUUGCCCAGUUUGAGGAUCAGCACACACUUCGAACUCUUCUGCAGAGACAUGAAGUACAGGUUGUACAGUACAUGUAACAAAUCAACUUCCCCGACUCUUACCAAGGUUGAUACAUGGUUAAUUCUUUUUCUUUUUUUUUUCUUUUGAGCACUUAAGACAAAGGGCUCUAUAUUCGUGCCUCACCGGUGGCAUGGCACAGGCACAGCGCAAGUCAGGUGUGCUGCGCCGAUGGGGCAAGCCCAAGCACACUUUGGUAAUUUGGUGAGUGGCGCAGCCCGGCCAAGUCCAAUUUUCACCCAUCCCUUAAAACUAAAUCUAUAAAAUUACCAAAUUGACUGUGCGCCGGGCUGCGCUGCACUGAAUUACCACUGUGCAGGGUAAGCCACCCUGCGCUGCACCGCUGGCAGGCACGGAAAUAGAGCCCAAAGAUAUAUUUGCUGCUCUCUGUUUAUAAUGUAAGGGUUCCAAUCUUGUAAGUUAAUUGUUAUUGGAGUGUAUUCUCUUAUUCCAUAGGUUAUGUUCCUCUUGUCAAGAUCAUCAGUUUUUACGCUAUUCUGUCUCAUGAACAACAACACACACAUGGAUGAUUUAAAAUUGAAUUCACUUGCCACAACACGAGGCCACCCAAAUCUUUUAAUGUCCUGUAACACCCAGUGUCCUUCCUGAUUACCUUUCUAGCACCUGUAGCUCUUAUGGUAAACAGACUUAUGGUUGUCCCAUAUUUUCCUAAGAUCCUCGGUUUACUUUCUGAAAGAUUUUCCUCCUUUGACUCUGUGUAGCUGUCUGGGUGACCGAAUGUGUGUUUGUGUGAGAGAGAAAGAGAGGAAAGCUGAUCUAGUUCGGUGAAUGUCAUCACAUAUUUUGUUGUACUGGAUUUAGAUGGGCAGUUGUGAAUGUUUGUGAAUGCGUGAGUAUGAAAGUGUGUAUAUGUGUGUGCGUGUGUGUGUGCACGAGUGAGAGCUGCUUCCUUCUAUACAGUUGUCCAACAGUACAAGACAGACCAGGGUUUUCUACCGUUUUUAGAUUGAAAGUAUAUUACAGUACCAUGUAUUUUAUAGAAAAAGUACACAAAAAUAACUUCACAAAGUGUAUAAGAAGCCAUUUGUCUUGAAUUCAGGGACUGUUUGUUUGUGACACAAAGGAAUGAAUAAAUGAACUAUGACCUAAC